AUCAGGCAUCUUCAUCGGCACGCUUUUCCCAGUGAGGAGGACAACAUGGCGGCCUCCUUGCGUUUGGGUCGUCAAGGAAUCUUAUUUGGCCUUAAAUUAUCCAAUAUUAAUACAUCUUUGUGGGGCAUACAGUCAUUACAGGAGCAUGCCAGGCACUUAUUUCAGUCUCCAAGGCAUUUCGGUGUCGCACCCCUCAAAGUGCAAAUGCCAGCUCUCUCACCAACCAUGGAAGAGGGGAACAUUAUCAAAUGGCUAAAGAAAGAAGGUGAGGUAGUGGCAGCAGGUGAUGCCCUUUGCGAUAUUGAGACUGACAAAGCUGUCGUUACCAUGGAAUCUAAUGACGAUGGAAUCUUGGCCAAAAUCCUGAUGGAGGAGGGAAGUCGCAACGUGCGCCUGGGAACUCUCAUUGCUGUUAUGGUGGAGGAAGGACAGGACUGGAAGCAGGUUGAGAUUCCUACUCCAGAUGCUGCAGCAGCUCCAUCUGUCGCGGCACCUGAAAGUGUUGUGCCCCCUGCUGCUGCUUCAGCACCAUCUCCACCAAGAACAGUCAACCCGGGACCGUUACGACUAAGCCCAGCAGCAAGACACAUCCUGGACACGCAUGGCAUUGAUCCAAAAUUGGCCACUCCCACUGGACCAAGAGGACUAAUCACCAAGGAGGAUGCAUUAAAUCUUAUGAAGAUGUCCCCUGGGACAAAAACAACACCCAUCCAGCCUGCUCCACCUGUCCCGAGUCCUGCCGCAACCUCAGUAGCUGGUCCUCCACCACCAAGCGGCAGACCAAACAUCCCACCUCUGUCUGUCCCAGGGAAACCAGGAGCACCGGGCACUUUCACGGAGCUCCCAGCCUCAAAUGUCCGCCGCGUGAUUGCUCAACGACUAACUCAGUCGAAAACCACCAUCCCCCACGCUUACGCCUCUGUUGACUGUGACAUGGCAGCCGUCAUGAAGCUUCGUAAAGACUUAGCCAAAGACGAUAUCAAAGUUUCUGUUAAUGAUUUCAUUAUCAAGGCAGCUGCUGUUACACUUAAAGAACUACCAGAAGUGAACGUUACCUGGUCAGGUGAUGGACCCCAAGCCCUUGAUUCCAUUCACAUUUCAAUUGCUGUGGCAACUGACAAAGGACUCAUUACUCCCAUAAUCAGAGAUGCCGCAAUCAAAGGAGUUCAAGAAAUCUCAAUCAAUGCAAAGACACUGGCCCAGAAGGCUCGAGAUGGAAAACUUCUACCUGAAGAAUACCAGGGUGGCUCAUUCAGUAUAUCCAAUCUAGGGAUGUUUGGCAUCAGCGGCUUCAGUGCGGUGAUCAACCCCCCACAAGCAUGCAUCCUCGCGGUCGGGACCUCCAGGGCUGAAUUACGUCUCUGUGAGGAUAGCCAAACCCUGCGUACUCAACAGCUGAUGACUGUCACAUUGUCUAGCGACGGGCGGCUUGUCGAUGACGAACUGGCGUCACGAUUUCUUGACAAGUUCCGGGCUAACCUCGAGGAACCUGAUCGUAUGGCUUUAGCCUGAAAUAUAAUGACCGCUAAUUGGCAAUAAAUGUAAAAACUCUUGAUGAAGCUUGCACUCGUGAAGCGAGAGGUUUGGAAUAGAAAACAUUUCCCAUCAUGUUUUUUUCAUGGCAUGGGUUGUACUGUUCUGUGGAGAGACAGUUGCACUCAGAAUUAUCCAACUCCCAUUGUAAAUAACAUCCAUUCAUUUCCGAUACUGCUUGUUCUGUGAGCUACAAUAUAGCUACUAUGGGCAGUUUAGAGCAAUGGUGUCCAAAGGGCGGGUUAGGAGUCAUUUGCGGCUCUUGACGGCUUUUGUAUUGGGCCAUAGCACAUUUUAAUAAGAAUAAAAAAAAAAGAAACAGCAGCAAAAAUGGAAAUAACAGUAGUUCAAUAAGAAGAAAAUCAAAAUAUUAAGAGAAAGUUGUAAUCUAAUGAGAAAAAUGUGUAAUUUUACAACAAUAAUAUAAUAAUAUGAUGAAAAAUAAUGUCAUUUUGGUAGCAUUACAGUGAAAAUGCGAAAUAGAAAAUGUGGUUAUAAUGUUAUGAGAAUAAAACAAGCAUAAAGUUAUGAGAAGAUGUUUUUAAGAAUAAAGAUUAAAAACAUAUAUAUAUAAAUUUGUAGCAUAUCUUUACAAAAUAUGCCAUUGCAUACUUUCUUUUUCACAAUGUGGCCCUUGCUGGAAUAAGUUUGGACAUGAAGAACACCCACACACGCCUGGGGUAAAACAUGUACAGAGAUGCCCAGGCAAAGAUUUGAACCCUUGAUCUCUUGACUGUGGCCACCAUAUGCCCUCUAAAUAACAUGUCGAUAUUUACAUCGUUUUGGCUUUAUGUUUGGUUUAUUGCAAACUACUGCAAGUUUUUAUAACUUUGCAAAUAACAAGAAUUUACACAGGGCGUUGAACAAUUUUGAGUGCAGCUGUAUGUGCAGGGUCCUGUGGUCUUUGAAAGCCACCAGGCUUCCUAAUGAAACUGUCAAACUGUGCUUCGUUUCUGGUUGAGGAAAAUUACCAUCUUGCAAUUUUCAUACCAAGGUGCACCCUACAUGAAACAAAUAUAUGCAUAUAUUUAAUGCUGUUGCAUCUGUACAGUGUGAAAAUCUAUAAUAUAGCACUAAGAUCAGCUUUAGUCCAACAUUUGUUAGGGAUGUUUAUUACAGCCCAUUUCCUGUCAGAAUUCAAUGAAUUAAUUACAAUGUUGGGAAACAAAAAACUAUCGAAUCCCUUCUGUAAAGAAAUGACACUCACUUUAAUUUAUCUGCUCAUGUGGAAUAAAAAUGUCAGUGAUGCCUGAUAAUUAAUGUAUUUUGAAACUCUUUUAAUCAAGGCUGUCCAGCAACCCGGUGUACCAGAGGAAAACCACAGAUGUGUUUGUGUGUGUUUUAAUUAGAAUAUAAGGAGAUUGUGUAAUUUAAGAAAAAAAAAAAAGAAAGAAGCCAAUUAGGAUAAUUUCCUGUGGCAAACAUACUGGUCAGCCUCUACUGACAGAUGUUCUUAUUUGCCCCCAGUGUGCACUCGGCAGCUGUUAAUGUACAGGUCCGUAUCAGUAGGUGGAGCCAAUGCUUAUGUGUUAAAAUGGACGUCCCUUCUGGUUUCUAUAGUUUCAUAAGACAACCAAUGGUUAGUUGAUAUUAAUAAUCUCGGGGGGUGGCGCCAGCAAGUGGCUCUAAUUUGGUAAAGGUUUAAUUUUAUUUGAACAUGCAUCAGCUUACAAUAAAACAUAAAUCAAUUCACAGUUCCACAUGCCCAAAAGUAGUAGGAAGUAGCCAAGUCCAUUGAAUCCUACCCCUCAUCUAUUAUUGUUACAUUUGUUCACUUCCUGUCUUCCAGGUAUGAGGGUUUUUUUUUUCCUACGCACAUACAGAAUUGUAAGGUAAUGUAAUAAUAAUGAUAAUAAAUAAUGAUCAUAGCUAUAACCAUCAACAAAUAAACACAACAUGACUCGUUCAAGACUCUUCCUUGUAUUUUGCAAACAUCAACUGCUUGUAUUGUUUAAGUUCCUUACUCAAUUUGUUCCAUAAUUUGAAAAAAUUAAAUGAAAAAUGAAAGCAUGCCAGGUGCAGGUAAAAAUAUUGAUAGAAA